AUGCAGAAAGUGCCCGACACCGUCCGGGACGGGGACGCGGGCUCCGGCCUGCUAGCAAUGAGCGCGUUGCUCUGGGUUGUGAGGCGGUUCGAUCUCCUGACCGGCGCCCACCGUCGCAGUGUCACCAGCAUGGACAAGGUGUAUGUUACGAGGAUGAAGGGGCUGCGGACUGAGAUGGUAACCUUCAUUAAGAAGCAAGUCGCGCUCAUACGGUCGGGCCGAAACGUAGUUGCGGCCGACGCCUGUGACGACGACGGCGAGGAGGUUCCUUUGGCAUCCCAAGCAGUAGGUGUCGCCCCCACCGUCACUGAUGCGAGUGGCACGUCGAUCGGAAAGCCGGGAGGCGGCGUCGACGAGGACGAAGCGGCGGCAGGAAAGGGUGUGACCGGGACCGAUGAGAGGCAGCAGGACGAGGUUGGCCAUGAGGAUGAUGAUCGGGUCCAUGAUCGUGAGGAGGAGGGGGGCUCGGAGGAGUCGACGUCGGAGUCGGAGUCGGGGUCGGAGGAGGAGCAGGAGGCUCAGGAUCAGGAGGAGCAGCAGGGGAAGCAGCACGAGGAGGAGCAGCUAGAGGGGGAGCUGGAGGUGGAGGUGGAGGACGUGGAAAUGGAGGAUUACGGGGCUGAAGGAGCGGAGGAAACGGGAGAGAGAGCGGCGGAGGUCGAGCACGAGAAGGGGGAGGGGAAGGGUGCCUCAGCGGAGCUCCGAAUGGAGAAAGAGGAGGUCGGCGUGGAGGCGGCUCACGGGGGGAGUGGGAUGGUCGUGGUCGGCGAUGGGACGGACGUUGUCGACCACGAGGCCGUUGGACAUGGGGAUAUCGCCGCGGCCACGAAGCAGACGGGCGUGGAAGUGCCUACCGAUGCCACCGCAGAGAAGGCCGGGGGGGAGCGGUCUAGGAAGAAGAAGUCGGCGAGCGGUCAUCCCGGAUCCACCGCAGCUGGGCGGCAGGCGCGGCUGGACGUCGUCAAGCAGCUGAGAGGGGAGAACAUGCGAUUGCAUGCCGACAAUGCACGCCUUGAACGGCAGCUCGGUGAGCAGACGGGGCAGGUCGACGCGUUGGCGGCGGCCGUAGCUGGGCUCUUCGACAAGCUGAAAUUUUUGACCGCCCAGGUCGCCGAAACCGACCGGAAAUCGGUGGAGCGCCUCAAAGAGGCCACGUCGACCAUGGCGACCACAAUCACCGAGGGCCUCACCGACAACAUGGACAGCGCAAUUCAAGCGGGCAAGUCCUUUGCCGAGCUAGCGAGGCAGAUGCUGCUGGAUCUCGACGACCCCGAAGGACGAAUGGCGGUCGCACGCGCGACCGCGGUGGACACUUUGGUCGAGCACGUGACGGCUGAGGUGGGUGAGGCGAGGAAGGGGUUGGAGGAGACGGUCAUUAAAUACAUCAGCGCUGCGCAGACCAACAUUGCCGCCGCCGUCUCUCCCCGCCUCGUCGUUCAGCAGCCGCCGCCGACCGCCCCAGCACAGGCCUUGUCGGCCGAGUUCCUGAAGUCCUUCAAGGAGGAUGUGCUGAAGGCGGUGACGGAGACCACGCAGCAGUCCUUUCUCGCCUCCGGAUUGAAGAUAAUGACCGAGGUGGUCGGCACGGUGGCGACUACUCGGCGUGGGUCGUCGCCGUCGGCAAACGACGCCGACCAAGCGCAACCUAUGGAGGCCAAGAAGCAGGGUCAGAAGAGGGGGGGCGACGGAGACGAUUCGGCGAACAUGAAGCGGAGCAAGGGAGCCGGGGGGUCUCGCGUCGCCGGCGACGGGAGCAAGGGGGCCGGAGAAGGUGGCGUCGGGGGGGGAGACGGAGACGAUUCGGCGAGUGUGAGGCGGAGCAAGGGAGCGGGGGGGUCUCGUGUCGCCAGCGAAGGGAGCAAGGGAGCCGGUGAAGGCAGUUCGGGGAAGCAGUCGGGGAAGAGCGUGGUCCACAUCCUCAAGAAGCACUGGGCUACUGUUUCAUCGCCCAGCACGGGCCAUGGUGGUGGGGGUCCCGCCGACGAGCAUGCCGCUGAUGACGCACGGCCAAGGGCUCCACCUGUGGUGGCCGAGAAGCCGCCACGACAGGGUAGCGGAGAGAAAGGGCUGAGCGGCAAGGAAAAGGCCGCCGCCAAAACGGCCCCAGGCGGUUCCGCGAAAACUGGCCAGGGGCCGACUGCCGGGGUAGCGGAGGCGUCAGCGAUUCCUCACCAGCCUCCCGCGGGUGCACGCCCUCCGACCGGACCGUCUGCCGGGCGACCUGCCGACGUCCCGCGCCAUGCCGACGUCCCGUCUGCCGACAAGGUUGUCCGCGCGGAGAAAGUGGCGGCAGUUGCUGACGCGCUAAAGGAGCAGCUGAGGCUCCUUGCCGGCCACAAGGCUCCUCAACAGCCUCCUCCCGCUGUUGACGUUUCAUCGGCCGGUGUGCCACGUGUAGUGCCGGUCAUCGCCGCUCGUACUCCUGCAGACCCAAAGUCCGCGUUCCUGCGCGCCCAGUUGGGCGCACUAGCGUCGACUGCGCCAACUCAGAAGGCAUCCGGCUCUGGCGCUACGCCGUCGUCGGCGAAUGUCGCACCACCCACCCCUGCGGCAGCUGAGGUUGAGAAAGCGGCGGAGAAGGGCGUUCGUACCGCAAUUGCCACCGGCGGAGGCCCUGUUGAGGAGGUCCCCCCCGACGCGGAUAUCACUGCCAUACAGGCCCAUCUGGAUGCCGCCAAACCCCGAACACUGGCCAUCUCCGACACGACACAUGUGGAGCCUUCGGCGGGUCCCGUCGGCAGUUCAGUAGAGCCUAGUGCGAUCGGUGAUGCUGCCGGUGAAGGAAAGGCGAAACGGAAGGGGAAGGCGGGCUCACAGAGGAAGACGCGGGAGAGGUCGGAGGUGAAGGCGGCGGAUAGAGGGAAGGCGAAGGCGGCGGAUAGAGGGAAGGCGAAGGCGGCAGAGACGGCGGCGGACAAAGAUGGUGGCGGCAAUACGGGGAUGAAAGGGAAAGCGGGGGAGCAUCAGGAGAAGUCGCUCGGCGAGGGUACGUCAACGGGGAGGAAGGGGAAGGACAAGUCGGUCGGAGAAGGUACGUCGACGGGGAGAAUGGGGAAGGAGAAGGCGGUCGGCGAUGCUUUGUCGAAGGGGAGAAAGGGAAAGAAGAAGGCGGAGGAGGAUGAGGAGGUCGAGGAGGUGGAGGAGGUAGAGCAUGAGGAGGAGGAAGAGGAGGAAGAGGAGGAGGAGGAGGAGGAGGAGGAGGAGGAGGAGGAGGAGGAGGAGGAGGAGGAGGAGGAGGAGGAAGAAAAGGGCAAGGAGAGGAGGGGUCAUGGCAUCCGACACGACAGCUCGGGCGACGGGCAAAGGCUGAACGAUAUCCUCGACAAGUAUCGUCAUUACAAGGCCUCAGGUGAUGCUCUCCAUGCCGCGCUCCUGCCAGCGAUAUGGUACCCAGUCGAUGCCAACACCGAGGAUGGCCAGAAGAAGUCGGCGUCUAUGAUGUCGGCGAUGAUAGGUCGCGUGUCCAUGUGCGCUGCGAACGCGGCGAAGAAGGAGGGAGACAAGGAGGAGAAGACGGAUAUGGCGGCAUGGGCGUUAGCAGCGUCCGCAUGCGCUGUGUGGUGCUUCGUCGAGAACGGCGAUGCCCAGGUGGCGGAUGCUGUGGAGGAAGGGAAGGCGGCGGCGCUUGUGUGCGGAGCAAGCCAGGCGACCGCCGAUGUAUUCGGAACUGUCAUGGAGGCGGUGCUGAACGUCGCGAUCAACAGGGACCGCCCCCUGGGAGAGGUUGCGUACAACGUCGCGCCAGCGCUGCAGAGGCACGCCCUUGACAAGGUCUACCCGGGGGGGAAUGCUGGCGUCGAUGCCGACGUGGUCGCUAGAGCCACGGUCGAGACCAUGGCGUUCUGGGGAAUGUGCCCCGUCGCCGGGCCGAAACUCAAAGCGAAGGAUAUCGCGGUGCCGUGCGACGCGCAGAUGAAGGCCGACCUUGACAACAGGGGGAGGAAGGGUCAGAGGGGCAAGAAGGGGACGAAGGCCAAGGGCGGCACGGGGAAGAAGGGGACGAAGGCCAAGGACAGCGCGGGGAAGAAGGGCCAGAAGGGGACGAAGGCCAAGGACAGCACGGCGGCGUAG